ACGGCACAGAGCUCCAGCACUACUCCACUCUACUCUACAGAGAUCAUACUCCACUCUACAGAAAUCAUAUUCUUCUCUGAUCUACCCAGCUCCUGUUGAUUAUAUCUGAUGGUGUGCCUGCAAGAGGUACGACUCAGGAUCACUCACCUCCACCAACCUCUGUCCUCCGACCCAGCCCAUCUCCACUUAUCCCACCAGGUCAUCACUCCUCUACAGCCCAGUCCUAUCUCCACUUAUCCCACCAGGUCAACACACCUCUACGGCCCGUUCCAAUCCACCCUCCACCAUUCCAUCAGUCUCUGAGGUGAAGACUCUUAUGGGAAGCAGCUAGGACCCUCUUCCUCAGUACUGACAGCCAUCACCAUCUGUAGCACGAAAAGGUGUGUGCCAGUGACCAGUGAGCAGUAGUGAUGGGGGACUGGAGUCUCCUGGGGAACUUCCUGGAGGAGGUUCAGGAACAUUCCACGUCAGUGGGGAAGGUGUGGCUCACCGUCCUCUUCAUCUUCAGGAUCCUGGUCCUGGGCACGGCUGCAGAGUCCUCCUGGGGAGACGAGCAGAGUGACUUCCUGUGCGACACCCAGCAGCCCGGUUGUACCAACGUCUGUUAUGACCAGGCGUUUCCUAUCGCACACAUCCGCUACUGGGUUCUACAGAUUAUCUUCGUAUCCACGCCAUCACUGAUCUACAUGGGCCACGCCAUGCACAUCGUGCGGAGGGAUGAGAAACGAAGGAGGAGGGAGCAGGAGAAGAGGGAGGAGAUGGAGGAGAGAGGAGAGGGGGGGUGCGUAUCAGGGGAGAAGGCAUACCUCCAGCAGAGGGAUUGUGGGAAGGUGCUGGAGGCGUCAGGGCAGGUUCGCCUGCGGGGAGCGCUGUUAUCCACAUACAUUCUGAGCAUUCUGAUCCGCACAGUGAUGGAGGUGACCUUCAUCGUGGUCCAAUACAUGAUCUAUGGAGUCUUCCUCAGGGCUCUGUACCAUUGCAAGGCCUGGCCCUGCCCCAACCCAGUCAACUGCUACAUGUCCAGGCCCACAGAGAAGAACGUGUUCAUCGUCUUCAUGCUGGUGGUGUCUGGUGUCUCCCUGCUCCUCUCUGUGGUUGAGCUCUACCACCUGGCCUACAGGCGUAUCAGGAAGUGCAAGCGCACCCAUGCCGCCCUCAAGAACCGCACCCAUAACGCUGUGGCCAUUGCCGUCUCCAAGGACCCCGACACCCCGCUCCAUCACAACUCCCCGGGCUGCACCCCUCCCCCUGACUUCAGCCAGUGCCUGGCAUCGUCGGAUACGAUGACCCCCAUGAACCCGAUGACCUCCAUGCCUUCUCACCCCUUCAACAACAGGAUGGCACACCAGCAGAACUCCGUCAACAUGGCCACCGAGCGCCAUCAUUCCCAUGACGACCUGGAAGGGGAGGGAGGAUUCCUGAGAAUGAGCUAUACCCAGAUGCCAGGGGAGAUGCCCAACGAGUGCUCCGCACCAACCCUGCUGCACGCCAGCUACCUGAAAGACAAACGCCGCUUCAGCAAGACCAGCGGUACCAGCAGCCGGGUCCGACCAGAUGACUUGGCCGUGUAGAACCAGACCGACAGAGAACGAAAGAGGGGCUGAGAAAGAGAGGAGGGAGCAGACAGGACUUUCAGACACAGCAGGAGUAAGGCCCUGACUAGAGGAGAUUGGAGCAGGCUGGGUCUAUAGACCCAGAGACAGAACUGGAGCAGGUACACUACCGGUCAAAAGUUUUAGAACACCUACUCAUUCAAGGGUUUUUCUA